CAGUCAGCCACAACCACAAAGAUACAGGCCAGGGAUGCCUUUCAAAGGUGGCUGGCCUGCAUUCCACCACUAUCAACGGUAGUCUACACAGAUGGGUCCAAAGGAAAGGACAGCAGUGCCGCAGGCGCCGGCUGGGUGGGCUACUGCGGAACCAGCAAGGCCAAAAUCUUCAGUGGACAUGCGAGGCUCCCCAACCAUGAGGUCUUUGAUGCAGAGGCUCGAGCGGCCCUGCUAGGCCUACAGGCGGCCCUUAAGGAUCCCAAAGCCCAACAUUCCACAAACAUAUAUAUCUGCCUGGACAACUUGGAAGCAGUACAGCAACUCCAAGGCCAGCCCAAAGGAUCAAGUCAACCAAUUUUCAUGAACUUUCAAGAAGCCGCACAGACAUGGCCACAACACCCUAGAGCACCCGGCAUACAGUCAGGCACAGUACAG